UCGGUCGUGGAUUGAAAGUUUUCUCUUCGUUGUGAUCUAGUGUUUCGUUGAUAGUUUUUGUUUGAGCGUUGUCAAGAAAAAGUUACGGUAUUUUGUGUGAUUUUUUUCUUUCUGAAAUCGUUGAUAAGCUUCAUAAAAAUAAGAACAAUUACCUGUACCGAAAUGUACAAGUGACCUUAUCUCGGUCGGCAUAAUCAUUCAAAGUUACCUGUCUGGCCGAGAAAAAGAAAAAUACUGGUACCACGCAAGCGCAACUUACCUUUUGUGGGGGCACGCACACUGUCGCAGAAACGCAUCCGUGCGUAGCCGUAGGCGCUCUAUACGUACGGUAGUGUUGGCUGCUGGAGGAUGAAAAUAAUGCCUCGUUCCUGUGCGUGUGCUUAUCGCCGCACUAUCUACUAUCGCUGUUGAGCCGGUUCAGUUCGAGAAGAAACAAAAGGAUUUUUCGCGCAUUAGCGAAACCGUUGCAUAAACAGGUUUUUAUCAGUCGCAUAUGUCAGUGUGAGUGUAUUCUAGAGCUAAUUUGUAUCAGCCUACUUUCUUCGUUCGUUCGGUAAAGCAAAGUGAAUGUGGGGAAGGUAAAUAAGUGUUGGGCGGAAUAGGUAUUUAUCAAAGUGGAUCGAUCAAGGUGUGCUGGAUAAGUAUAGUGUCGUUUGGCAUACUUUUGGAUGUUUUGAAGGCAGUCAGCAGUUAGAGGUUCAAGUGCACAUCACUCGAUACAACCAUUAGAUGAAACUGUGGACAUUAUCCCGGAAAUUGUAAUUCAAAUGAAAUAUGUGAAGUGUUUCAAAAAUUCCAAAGUCAAGUGAACUGUGGAAGUACAAGUAAGCGAAAAGAGUGCUUCCGGUUCCGAUCGAUUCGCGCAACAUUAAGCGACCACUACUAACCGGGCCAAUACAACCAAUACACGGCAGGCAGCAGAAACGCAAUCGGAAAAGAACAAGUCAUUCGGACAGUGUUGUACAUUUCUCGCGUCUAGGCAACGAACGGGACGUGUGGGCAGCUGGGAGCUGUUGCAUGCAUCCGGGAGAAAAGUAAAUAGCAAAACACAACCUGCAGCGGGGUGUUGUGCUCUCUUGGCCAUGUUAGGUUUGGCUGUUGUUGAUGGUUUGGAUGUUGUUGUUGUUGUUGUUGUUGUCGGUAUUGUAACACAGAAAGGUGGGCAACAUAAAGUGCAAAAGUGAUUGUUCGCAAAGCAAAAUAACGUACAUUUGUCGAAGCGCAAAGUGUGAGGUAAUACAGAAAAGCGUGCUGUUGGCAAAGAAAUGCUAGUGAAAAAAGGGCUAAACGGAAAAGGAGUGCAAUUGUAUUGAGAUCAUGUUUUCCGCCUCUGCCGUGAGUGUGUAAAAGGUUUUUUUUUCGGUGUUCGUCCAAGUGUGAGAUUCGCGUCGACCGUUACCUUACAACGCGGCAGGCAGUGUGUAAUUUCCUUUGCAUUAAAAAACGAAAGUUUUUCGCGCUUAUUUGGCCGAAUCAACAAUCCAGCACAAAAGUGAAGGAGUGCCUACUUGCUGGAGUCUAAUACAGAUCGAUUUGCCGAGCGCGCGGAGAUUGACCUCGUUGAAGCCGCCAAAGUGGGCCUUGUGAGUGUGUGCUGUUGUUGAUUGCAAACUAGUUUCCUGUCGCCCCUGACGGUUGCCUCUCGGGGUCCGCUGCUCAAGUCCGAAUAUCGACAACACGUGCUUACGGUGAUUUGCACAGAACUGGUUUUUUGCAAAUAUCGUAUCGUGAAGCUGGUUACUGCUAAAAAAACCGAACGCAAAUAAAAAAGAUCGCUUCGACGCGUUUAAAUUGAAGGAAGAGUUCAUCAAUUCACAGUCCGGGCGUGAAAAGGUAACGACGACUACGACGCCGGCGACAAGUACGUAGACGGUCCGAUCCAAUCCGAUCGCCGCCACCAAUUAAGAUGCAUCGUCCGACGGAGAAGAGUUGCACCCCGCGACGUCGUCCGCCCCAAACCGGAUAGCUCCCUUACCGAACGACGAACGUUUAUUUUUUAUGUUGGUUGGUUCCGUCACCCAUCCAUCUAUCGCGGGACGUGACAAAGGUCCCCAAAAAUCUUGUAACAAAACAGCCAAACCACGAUUUGAACAAAUUCAGCAGAAGCAGAGCAGCACGAAGUGCUAAUGUAAUUAGUAAAUGUUCAUCCAAACCACCAGCAAGCGGUAGCUAUCUGAAGCGUGACUUCCGAGUAUAAGCUACCUAUCUCCGCUGCCACUCCAUAGCUGCCAACAAACACACCCCUUCAGCCGACGAACCGAUCGCUCAGAGGUAUUGAACGACCUGCUGUAAACUACAGCGAUCGCAUCAUCAUCAUCGCUAUCGUCGUCAUCACAAUCAUUAGCAACGGCGACGGCUUCCAGCGCGAUUGCCGGCGGUGAGGCCAACGAACAAAAUCAUCACGAUCUUCACCAUCAUCAUCAUCAUCGGAAAGAGCCGCAGCAACAGCAGCAGCAGCAACAACAACAACAACGACGGCGAGCACGACGCAGCAGUGGCCGAAAGUUGAGCUUCGAUAUAAGCAAUAUGGAGCACUCGGAUUUAGUUUCCGAGAUGGCUCAGGUCGAGCAUCUUUCUACGCAGGAUCGGCUGCAUCUCGCGCGGAUGCGCCGGGCGCAACAGCUGAAGGUGGCCAAACAGCGCGAGAAGGAAUGGCUCAAGGCCCAGCGGAGCAAGGAUCGGAUGGUGGCGAACCAGUCGCACUACAAGCGCCACAUCACGUUCGAGGAUAGUGUGGUCCUGCUGGAGGCUGCAGCCAGGAACGAUAUUGUUGAGGUGGCCAAACUGCUGCAGAAAGGCGUCACACCGGACGCGACCAACAUGGACGGACUGACGGCACUGCAUCAGUGCUGCAUCGACGACAAUGCCGAAAUGCUCAACUUGCUGCUGGACUACGGUGCCAACGUGAAUGCACAGGAUAGCGAACGAUGGACGCCGCUACAUGCGGCUGCCACCUGCGGGCAUCUGAAUCUGGUCAAGAUUCUGAUUGGCCGAGGCGCUAACCUACUGUCGGUGAAUGCCGACGGGAAUAUGCCGUACGACAUCUGCGACGAUGAGGAGGCACUGGAUUACAUCGAAGCGGAAAUGUCGAAGCGAGGUGUGACGCAGGAACUGAUCGAUGAGACGCGGGCGGCAACGGAAACGCAGAUGUUGCGCGAUCUGCAGGAUCUCACCGAGAAGGGCGGGGAUAUGGAAGUACCUGACAGCCAUGGCGCGACGCCGUUGCACAUAGCGUCCGCUAAUGGAUACACGAGAGCGGUUGAGUUCCUAUUAGAGCAGCACGUGUCGACGGACGCCGUAGAUCACGAUCUCUGGACACCGGUGCAUGCGGCUGCCUGCUGGGGUCACCUGGAAGUACUAGAGAUGCUAGCGCAAAGCGGCGCCGAUCUGAAUGCCAAAAACAAGAAUGACGAAACGCCUUCCGAUAUCUGCGAAGAUCCGGAGAUUCGGGAACGAAUAGAGCAGCUCAAGUCGGAACAGGAGAGCAAACGACUGGCCGAAGCUCAGCGCAAGCGGGUGCGGCGAUCCCAGAGCAAUAACACCAGGGCCCAAUCCGUGCGGCGAACUUCACUGCGAGACAAGGGUCUCACCACGAAGAAGGACGCAGUCGAGGAAGCCCGGUUUCGAUUACAAGUGCAAGAGGGCUACACAACACCGGACGGAGCAACGGUGCCGAACGCCAACAGUGCGACGCCAAACGGUGAUAACAAUAAUCGAUCAUCGUGGUCAUCACGUUCUAACAGCUCGCAUGCUUCCACAUCUACCAACAACUCCACUGUCGUCAAUAAUAGCAAGAAUAGCAAUGGUCAUUUGAACUCCGUCAAUAACAAUAGCAUCAACAGUAAUAACAGCACGAAUGUGACGCCAAACCAUGGACUGAGCAAUACUCGCUACAAUAAUCACCUGAACAACAACAACAACAGCAACAGCAAAGAUCACAACUACGGGCACGGAGCGACCACUACCUCAUCAACUUCAUCUGCCUACUCGACAUCCUCUUCGCAGCACAACUCGCUGAUCCAGUAUGACCGCCGAUCGCCGGAAGGCAAGGAUAAUGAUUCCUUCAUGAGUGAAAGCAGCGGCGGUAAGACGCUCAUUAGCAACAACAACAACAAUAACAGCAUCAGUAGCAAACCCUCAUCACCGCUUCCCUCCAUCUCAUCCUCCUCAGUCAAUGGCAAUCUAGUCAGUAGUAAUAGUAGUAGUAAUCAGCAAACAAACAUUCCAAAUGCAACAACGACGGCGGUGGCAGCCGUGGCGGCAGCGACGCCAACGACGACGGCCACUGCCACGACGGAAGUGUACUCGACCUCCAAUAACGAGAACGGCAAGAUCAACGUCCAGGUUACGGUUCUAGUCGAUCCAUCUGUCGCAGGAACGCUGGCCGACCUGAAGAAGCACCGUUCGCAGAAUCGAUCCAGCGUCAGUCCGGAGAACGGUUCCCUGCUGAGUGCUCAGAGUUUGGGCAGUCUGACCGGAAACGGAACCGGCGGACAACCGCUCGAACUGUCGCUGGUUUCCUCGUCCGAUCAUCAUUUCUCGCAGCAGCAGCAGCAACAACAGCAUCACGGCAACGGUGGCGAAAAGUCGGCCAUUUCCACGCUGAGCAAUGCAACUGGGAACGGUACGCUGGCGAUGGCUGGCGCUGGUGGUGUCGACGGAACAAACAGUGGGACACUGAACAAGUUCAGCGGUAAUACCAGUGAGGUGGUUAGCGAUAGCACCCGAUCGCGGCGAUGCUGUGUGGUGAUGUAAGGAGAGGGAACGGAUCCGAUGACACCGCCGGGGGGUGGUAAGUUGUCAGGUGAUGGUAUUUUUCUUCGAUUGAAGAAAGAGGGAACGAAGCAUCAGAAGAAUUUUUUUUUUCAUUUUUAGGCAACUGAAAGGCAACUGAUUGUUGUGAUAUUCUGAGUUUAGUAGGUUAGGAGUCUUGUCAGUUUUGUUCUGUAAAUAUUGCAUAUAAGCGACUGUCCAAAUAUUUUCCUUCCGGUUUUUGAAAUGCGAUGCGCUAUUAUUUUCGUUAGUAUUAUUGUAUUCAAUUCAAAGAAAGGAUAACAAAAUUCAUCACUUAUUCAGUAUUCUGAUAGUACUUAGCCAGGAAAAAAUACCCUUUACUAUUUCGCUGCAAUCAGCGAUACACGCGCAAUAGCAUGCCUUAUUGCCAAUUCGUGACCUACUUUCUUAGCCAAAUACCUACACAGGCAUCACUUAUUAUACGAAGAAAAGAAAUAUAUUUACUAUAUACACUAUGAGCAAUCGUAGACCGACACUGUGGAUGUGGAUGUUUUCCGAAGGCAAGACCCGAUAUAGCGGUUCUAGGUUUUCAGACCAUUGGUUGUUUAAUUAUAAAUAAUUCAUUUAAUCAAGCGAUCAAAAAAACUGCAAUUCAUUUCAAGCUUUAUGCGGUAGGUAAACAACAAUAAAUCUAUGGUGUAAUUUUGAUUUUCUAUUUAGAUAGCUUUCUAUUACUGCGCUUGUGCAGCGAGUCUAUUGGCACUAAGAAUUCUUUUUUUUUCAGCAAAAGAGACAUAUAAGGUUUAGUUAUUUGACGAGUGCAACCAUAAUCUUUUAGCUAGAAUGUUAUCAUAUUAAUUCUGCAGAAUUUGUCGAUUGUAGAUGAAGUCAUCAUGGAAAAAACAGAAAGGCAUGAUAAAAUCAUGAAGUGAAGUCAACAUUGACUGCCACCUCAAUAGGGAUCAACGCCUCUAGUCCUACAACGAGGAGCCACCCUACAACGGACUGUAACAGAAAUGAAACAGUCUUUGUAGACGAACACGUGUUUUCUUAAAAUCUAUCAACUAUCUCAAUAACAAUUUUGGCAGAAAAACAGCGAUAGGGUGGGUGCUUCUAUAGUUGAGGUGUACCAAUAGUUGCAGUAGUGGGUUAUACGCCUAACUAAGGUACCAACCAUCAACAAAUAUUUUUUUUAUCGAUUCAUCGCACUAAAAUUAUGCGACAAUAAAACUGUUAUCCUUGAAAUUUGCUCAAAUAACUAUUGAAAAAAAUGAUUUUCUUAGAAUUUUGAGCUCCCUUGCACCUAUAGUUGAUGUAGUGUACCUAUAGUUGCAAGUCCCAUAAGAAAGCAAUGGGAUUUGCAACAAUAGGAACCGAAAUUAGCGAUUGCACCACUAUUGGUACAUGUGUUCCUAUAGUGGUACAAGCGGUUUUGAAUACAUAUAUUGGUUAUUAAGCCAUUUUUAUAUUUUUCCUAUGAAGUAGGGACUGAAAGCUUUCGUUCAAUGUAUUAACAUUGCCCAUAGGUCUAUUAAUCGAUUUUUUAUCAAAAAAUUUCCUUAAGCAUGCGACUAUUGGUACAUCCACCCUAGUUGUGUGAUCUAGAAUCAAACUAACUUAUCUCAAAUGGUACGUUCGCCGUGUGUAAUCGGGGAUUUUUGUCUGAUGUUGAUUCUUGACUGAACUAAUAUCAAACAACUAGCCAGCAAAGAAAAUCAAUCAGAACAAUAAAAUACAAAGGCUCUAUGUAAUCAGGACCACGUCAUUGCGGUGGUUACGUCUCUACUGGAGUUGGAGAAUAUCCCCCGCCAUCGACAAUCACAAGUCAUCAAUGCCAAUGGGACGCGCAGAUAUGUGAUAUCUCUGUCCCCAUCAUACAUAGGAAGAUCACAGUUCUGUCGAGAUACAGACGAUGUAGACGUGAAAGCCAUACCGGCCCAGCGAACAACACUUGCAACCCUGAAAUUUCUCAAGAUGGAAUGUGAAAGAAUGUUCGCAUUUAUCUGCCGGAGGAGAGCGACGCGGGGUAAGAUCAGCUCUAGAUUCUGCGUCUCUGUAUCGAACGAACUACUUCAAAUGUGUUUACCCCGACAAAGCUCUCCGGAACUUCAACACUGUUUCGAGAAGAAUCGGUUUGCAAUCGGCUAUUUCAUCGCCAGUCUUUAUUGCAACCAACCGCUGCUUACCACCUCUAGGACUGGAAGCAACCGACGCUGAACUAUAGAUCCGCCCCACAAAAUCCGGUUUUUGAUUCGGUUCGUUCGGGUCGAAAUACUGCACCCGAUUACAAGAAAUCUAAUGCAUCCCGAGCAAAUUGUCAUGGGUUCAGACACCAUACAAGCCCUUAAAACAGACCAUAAAUAUGGUCUGCACCGAGUUUCAAAACAAUUAAAAAACCAUAAAAUGUCCUCAAUAACCCGUAACCAUGUAGUGUGGGCGAAAUUGGAUCAUGACCUUGCGGAUAUUAUGGGCUUUUCGUUUGCUCGGGAUAGCGGCAGUUCCUUCAUCGCAGCCGCAUAUAGGCCCCAAAUCGGAACUCAUAUACAAUGGAAUUUUUUUUUUAUGGAUUCUGUCAAUAUCUCACUGUUGAUCUAGACCUAAGGCGCAGCAAUUCAUUCAACUUCAUAUCGGGCCUUACUCAACGGGAUUGGCAACACACGGAAUACCUCCUUAACCAUGGCUUGCUGAACGAACAAAACCAAUCAGAAGCAGAACAACAAAAGGCAGAGACUAUGUAAUCAGGACCAUGUCAAUGCGUCUCUACUAAAACUGGAAAAUAACCCCCGUUAUCGAUAUUCGCAAGUCUUCAAUACCAAUGGGACAAACAGGGUUGUGAUAUCUCAUUCUCCAUCAGACAUAGGAAGAUCACAGGUCUGUCGAGAUACCGAAAGUGUGGGCGUAAAAGUCAUACCAGCUCAGUGAAAAACACCUGUUACUCUGAGACUUCUAGAAAAGGGAUGUGAAAGAAUGUUCCCUUUUAUCCGCCAGAGUUAAACUUUAAAUCUAGUUUCUGCACUUCUGUCAUGAACGAGUCACUUCAAAUGUAUUAGCCCUGACGAAGCUCUGCAGAACUUCAAAACUGUUUCGAGAGGAAUCCGUUUUCGGUCAUACUAUCGACAGCCUUAUUGCAGCGAACCGCUGCUUGCCGGAAGCAACCGACGCUGAAUUAUAGAUCCUCCACAUAAAAUCCGGUUUUUCGUUCGGUGAGAUUAUAUUCCAGGUUCGUUGGGGUCGAAAUACAGCACCCGAUCGCAAGAAAAGCAAUGCAUGACGACAGCUUCUUCAUCUCAACCGGAUAUAGACUGCAAAUCGGGCUUAUAUACAAUGAAACUUUGAUGGGGUCUAUCAAUAUCUUACUGUUGACUCAUUGGCUUACUGAACGAACAGCCCUUGGUGCUCCGCUAGAUUUCCAGAACGAAGUGUAUUCAGUAGAUCUCGGGAUUGCGGUGGAACUCCAUUUUACUAUCACUCCACUCAGCAAAGACCUGCUCAUCGUUGUUGUUCGAAUAUCGUGACCUUCCUCUCUCUGUAACAGUAGUAUUUGUCUACAUACUGAACGGGAAAGUUCCGGAUCGAAAGGACCAGAUCAAGGAAGUCAUGGAGCAUAAUUUAUGACGCUCCCAUGCAAGAGUAAUGUCACCGAGAUAGUCUAUCUUGAAGCAAUUCCAUGGUGUAGCUCAUGUUUGAGCACGUGGUACGAGAAGGACAAUUUUGGAAAGAUUCGUGUGCCCUAAAAUGAACACAGGUGUCCAUCAAUUAAUUUGCUAGAACAAGCUUGGAUUGUCCCCAACCGAUUCCGACUCAAUGGGUUGAUGCUCAAGUCUAGAUUUCGGCAUAUACAUACACAUCGAUCGACUACUUCCAUCGCAUGCAAAUCGCUACGUGUUAACAAUAAUCGAUGUAUUUACUCGGUGACCAGACGCUGUUCCAUUGUCGGAUAUGACAAUCCCUACUGUCGCGAAAGCGCUCACUUCGAGUUGAAUCUCACGAUUUGCAACCCCAGAAUCGGUCACUUCUGACACGAAAGCUGUCAAUUUGAUUCUAACCUCUUUCGUGAGAUUGGGUAAUCUUUGGAGUUUUUCACAUUCACACAACAGCAUAUCAUCCACCAUCGAAUGGAAUGGCUGCACGCUUCCUCCGCACCAUAAGUGUUCUACAACAAAUCUUGUGAAUGGACAACCGUUGCGUCUCCCAGAAGAGUUUUCAAUACACCGGCGAAAGUCGUCGAUAAAACGGAUUUUGCACAUCUACACCUACAGUCAUUCAGCAGGCUGCACCCUUCAGGUACUAAUCAUUCCUCGAAACCAGCAGUUUUCAUACAUAGGAGAUAUGAAGGACCGUACCAAGUGGUAGAUCGCAAUGAGAAACUUUUCGAAAUAAUAAUAUCCGCCGAGAAUCAGAAAAUUUACAACGACCGGCUCAAGCUGGCAUUCAUAGCCGGCAGAUACCAUAUCCAGAGGAAGAAAGUCACACCUUGGUUAUCUGAUCGUACCGGACACGUAGACCGCUACCUGUCCGGUUCUUGGUGUAAGUGAGGGCAAGCCUAUGGGACGUAAUUUUUGACGCUCCCAUGCUAGAGAAACCUCACCAAGAGAAUGCUAUUCAUUCGUUGUGCCUCUCGAUGAAUACGCGUGUAUUCGCCAUAGAGAAAAUAAAAGUACUAUCAGAUUGGAAAUCACGUUCUCUCUGUUCCGUCAGCUACAAAUCGAUCUACCGGAUUUCGAUACUAUAAAUGUCAGGAUUUUUUGGAGAGCUCCGCACACCUCGUUUUCUUCCUCCGAUCACUGUGGAGAUGCCGCUAAGUUAGCUCCGAUUUUCAACCACCUUGACGAUUUUCGCCAACUUGAUCUCUGAAGAUGUCAUGUCCGUCUACUUCCGGAACGUUCGUGGAAUGUGAACAAAAACUCUGAAUCUUCUUGCUUGUCCUCACUUCCUAUCCACUAUGACAUUAUUGUUCUAACUGCAACUUGGCUACGCCGCUCCGACCUCGUUUUCUUCCUCCGAUCACUGUGGAGAUGCCGCUAAGUUAGCUCCGAUUUUCAACCACCUUGACGAUUUUCGCCAACUUGAUCUCUGAAGAUGUCAUGUCCGUCUACUUCCGGAACGUUCGUGGAAUGUGAACAAAAACUCUGAAUCUUCUUGCUUGUCCUCACUUCCUAUCCACUAUGACAUUAUUGUUCUAACUGCAACUUGGCUACGCCGCUCCGACCUAACGAAGAAUUAUGCUAUUUUAAGCUGUGAUCGCAACAUUUGUAAUAGUCAUACUACGUCGCGGAGGUGGUGUUCUUAUCGGUAUUAAGGAAAAUGUUACUGGGACAGUGCUAAAAAUGUAUCGAUGUGAAUGUUUGGAACAGGCAGCCCUACACCUUGCAGUGUCAGGUCAAUCGUUGUAUAUACGCAACAUACAUUUGAGGCCAAACAGUCAAUCCUGACUUGUGCAACGUACACUUGAUAAAGCCAACAGAUGAGACCAUUGUACUUAUUUUAGAUAAUUACAAUAGUCCUCAACUUCGGUGGAUUCUCGACAACGAUUUAUUGUGCUACCUUCCCGAUAAUGUAUCAUCGGAAAAGGAGCUGGCCAUCACAGAAACGUUGGUCACUGGUGGUUUGUGAAUGGACGGACCCUCAAUUUAGCUUUCGUCAGCGACACGGAUGUGUUCGAACUGAUCGAGACUCCGACUUGUACACUCAACGUAGGCCCUCAUCAAAGGCUGGGUUUUAAAUUUUUGACACGUGUUCUGAUGAUGGCGGCAUUUUGUGGCAACUAUCGAUGACCUGAACUUUGAUUUUGCUUGAUAAAAUCCCGAUGAAGUUUAAACUGCCAUUGGUGCAGUCAAUCGGCGAGAAACGCUGGAUGGUAACAAUUUAGAUCAGGGUGUUGCGGUAUUUUGCGAGAUCCAUCAGAAGCGACUAAAAUGUUGCUACUGGUUGCAACUGGAAGUGAACAGAAGCACUAAAGGGCGUGAUCGAACUUGGACAGUUUUUUUUAUUAUUGCUACUGUAUACAUCACUUCAUAUCAGCAAAGAUUAUGCAGUCACGAAUAUCUAUAAAAUUAGCUGUUAAAUGAAUUCGCAUCUCAAUAAACACGAUUUUUACUCAUAUUCACCACUGCUUUUCGACCAGGUUUGUGCAUCAUCCAUGUCACAUUUUUCUUAACAGGACUCUAUGCGGUAGAUUUACGGCGCCGUGGGUUACCCAAGAAAUGAUCUCAACAAUUCUUGCUUUCAAGCUGGAAUUAACUGCUACUAAUACGCACCCUUCGGUGGAUUUUCGGCUGUUGCUCGAGCUCCGGUUACAACGAAACACCUCGUAUGCAGUACCGAACACAUUACUGGAGAGCGUGUCAUCGUUCAACCACAUUUCGAUGAAGAUAAUGAUGUCAAAACUCUGAUCGGAGACUGCAAUGCGUCAUUGCUCAAAGGUUGAGUUGAUACCACCAACAUUUUGGUAGUAUAGCAGCAGCUUGCCCGUCGUGAACCAAAAAGCUGGAAAUCGGAGAUCUUUGAGGCAAGGAAGAGCUUACAGAUGCAUUCUACUUACCUGUGAUAGGUUUGCGGAAGACCCCGGAAGUGAUCCGGUUUGCGGAAGUGAUGGCCCUGCCGGUGACCGAAGAGACGCGGUUUCAUGGAGUAUGUAGCAAUGUAGCUGGACUAGGGGCCUCUUGUAAAAAGCAGCGUGUAGCUGGCAGGAAAAACGACAUCUGUGACAUGAUGUGGAGCAAUUAAUUGUGAACUGGAAACUGGAGUAGGAUCUGGACUACUAGUGAAUGUUGGCUGCAGGGGCUGAACGAUGGUGGGUAAUUCCAUAAUGUAAUCGGCGGAACAUUCCAGUAUUCCAUUAGUGAAAUCUAUCCAGGUCGAAAUUGAAUUCAUGAACGAUUACUCUAGUCGGCCAAGUAAACGCUUCGAGUGCAGUGUCCUUUAGUUGGCUCGGAAGCUAAAUUCGGAAGGCGACGAAAUUGAGUUUCGUGAGAUC